AUGAGCUCUCCUUCGCAGGCCGCGCCCUCGGCGCCCAAGGAGGAGAAGAAGGAGAAGGGUCUCAGCAAGCUUCUCACCAGAACCAAGACCUUCCUCAAGCGGGAGAGUUCUUCCAACAAACGGCUGUCCACCAUGUCCACCACCAAGGCCGCUCCCGCCGGCCAAUCUGAGCCCGUCAAGACGAGGUACGCUUUUUCCGUUACGAAUUGCUCGGCUCCCGACGCCAAGGCUCGAUACGAAGGCCUUGAGGGCGUCUCCAAGCUGACCAGGAGCCAGCUUAUUGAGGAGCGCGCCAAGAAGCUGGGCGAGCGUUAUGGACUUGAUAUCAAGAUUUCGGAACUUCAGACUGGAUCUCCCGACGACACCGUUCUCCGUAUGGAUAAGCCCAUCCGCAUGCGCGUCCGCCGAACCUGCCACAAGUGCAAUGCCACUUUCUCUUCCGCCAAGGAGUGCCCCAACUGCCAGCACGCCCGUUGCACUAAGUGUACUCGUUACCCUCCCAAGCGAACCGAAGCCGAGAUUAUCGCCAGCCGUGAGCGACGUGCCGCCAUUAUCAAGGCCAACAAGGAGAACGCCCCUAUUAUUCCCGACUACUCUUACGCCUUUGACGAGAAGAAGAUUGUCCUCACCCGUCCCAGCAAGACUGGCGGACAGGAUCUGGUCCAUAAGAAGCCCCGCCAACGGGUUCGCAGAACUUGCCACGAGUGUUCGACGCUGUUUAUUUCCGGUAACAAGACUUGCGAGAAGUGCGGCCACGUCCGCUGCACGGACUGCCCUCGAGACCCGCCCAAGAAGGACAAAUACCCAUACGGAUAUCCUGGAGACGAAUUCGGUCCUAGUAGCGUACCCCAUUACGAGUGCAAGGACUGUAAGACGGUAUACCCAACUGGAGCAGAAAGCGGAACCAAGUGCAAGAAGUGUGGCUUAGAGAAGACGGACGAUUCGCCUCGUGUUUUACCUCGCAAGGUCGAACCCGAACCAGACCCGGAGUUACUGAAGAAGCUACAAGAGAGGCUUGAAAACCUGAAGGUAGCAUAACGAGCAGCAUGAACCGACCCCCUGAAUCAGGGGUCAGUUCGGGGAUGAAGAGAGGAGGUAUUUCUUUGGUCUUUCCUACCUACGACGACAUUCGACCGGCGAGAGCGAGAAACGAUUGCCAGAAGAUUUGUCACCCAUCCCGAUGAGUUGAAAGAUUGUCCGCCCUCAUCAGCAGUCCUUUCUACUUCUAUUCGGCCAUACGUUGCACGGUUCAUCCAACCCAUGUCGCAUGCAUGCAUCCAUUGACAGGCCCGACACGACGGUUUGCAUACUACUACGAAAGCCUGUUGGUUCCCACGAGAUAGAGAAGGCGGAGUUUAUUUACCUGACGCGUACGACAUCACGAUCUGGAUCAUUCAAGCGCCGCCUCCAUGAUUUUGCAUUCACCAGUCAUUUACACACGCAUUUACGAACAAGAGUUGUUUCAAGGGGAGCGGAGCGAGUUUGAAGAGGACACUGAUUUUUUCUGAAAAAGAGGAGUUUGGGGAGAGAAGACAGGAAGAACGGCACUGGGGAAGAGCCGUUGGUUGAGUUUGUGUCUCGAAAAGCUGCGCAUAGAACUUCUGGGGAACUGGGGGGCCUGGCAGGGGAGCGGAUGAAUACCAAGCAGGUGGGCCAUAUGGUUAAUGUGUUUGGCGACAGCGAGAAAGCGGUGUUUUCCUUGAUUCUCUCGUGGUCACAGAUUCUUUUGGGGAAUGUUUUCUCUCCUCUCAUCAAUCAAUGAGACAAUGUCAUUCUUC